AUGGGUGUACCAGCGUUUUACAAAUGGUUAAUCAACAAAUAUCCGAAGGUUAUUGAAGAUGCUAACAUCAACACUACUCCAACUGUGGAAUAUCAUAAUCUUUAUCUGGACAUGAAUUCCAUUAUCCACCCAUGUUUUCACCCUAAUGAUGAUAACAUAAAUAGUUGUCCUCCAACAACAUUUGUGGAAGUGUUUGCAAAUAUGUUUGAUUACAUUGAUCACCUUGUUACCAUUGUUAAACCUCGCAAGCUAUUGUACAUGGCUAUCGAUGGAGUAGCACCACGAGCCAAAAUGAAUCAGCAAAGGACAAGACGCUUUAGAACUGCUAAAGAUGAUGAAAUGCGUGAAGCUGAGGAGGAGAGACUGAGGAAGCAGUUUGAAAUGGAAGGAAAACAAGUUGUUCCAAAACAAGAAUGUGAAGUGUCAGAUUCUAAUAUAAUAACACCAGGAACUGAGUUCAUGCAUCAACUCUCAAAGGCUCUUAAAACCUAUAUCUCUUCAAGAAUAUCCUCUCAUUCAUUAUGGAAGGAUAUUAUGGUAAUUUUAUCUGAUGCCAAUGUUCCUGGAGAAGGGGAACAUAAGAUUAUGUCAUUCAUAAGAAAACAACGCGGACUUCCUGAUUAUGAUCCAAACACUGUCCACUGCUUAUAUGGCUCGGAUGCUGAUUUGAUAAUGCUUGGAUUGUCAAGCCAUGAGCCUCACUUUUCAAUUAUACGAGAGGAUGUUCCUAAUUUUUAUGAUAAGGUGGAACAAAAUGCUGUUAAGAGGUUCAAGCUUUUGCAUAUAUGGUUGUUGAGGGAAUAUCUUGAACUAGACAUGAAGAUACAAGAUCCUCCCAAAAAUUGCAUUGUUGAUUUUGAGCGGAUAGUUGACGACUUUAUCUUUAUUUGUUUCUUUGCUGGAAAUGAUUUUCUUCCCCAGUUGCCCUCUUUGGAUAUUUUUGAGGGGGCUAUUGAUUUACUUAUGACUGUUUACAAGAAAGAGUUUCAUAAACUUGGAGGAUAUCUUGUCGACAUAACUAAGAUGGGGGAGAAGCAUAGUGUUUUUGUGAAGCUAUCAAGAGUUGAAAAAUUUGUAAUCAUGGUAGGUACAUAUGAAGAAAAAAUCUUCAAUAGAAGAAGUGCAAUUAGAGCCAAGAAACUGAGAAGACUUAUUACUGAUCAUGAAAACUCAAAGCAAGAUGAACAGGAUGCGUGUAAUUUCAUUGAUAUUGAGAAUGAAAAUAGUUCAGAUUGCGCUCUUCGCAUUAAAAAGGCAGCAGCCUCCAACAAUAUUUGUCCCGUGUCAGAUGAAGAAAUUUUGAAAAACACAAAUGAAUUGAAAGACGAGAUAAGGAAAUGCAUAAAAGAGAAAGGGGACUUGUAUAAGAGUGGAGAUUACUUGACAGACAAGAUCAAAUUGGGAACCGAUGGCUUUAAAGAAAGAUAUUAUAAGGAGAAAUUUUCUGUGGAUGGUUCCACCAACAUUGAAGUAAAAAGGAAAGAAGUAGUCCAGAAGUACACUGAAGGAUUACUGUGGGUUCUUGAGUACUAUUUUUCAGGUGUUGCAUCAUGGACAUGGUUUUAUCCAUUUCACUAUAGCCCAUUUGCUUCAGACUUUAAGGGCAUGGGUCAAGUGAGAGUAAAGUUUGAGAAAGGUGUUCCAUUCUUGCCUUUUGAUCAACUCUUAAGUGUUCUUCCUCAAAGGAGUGCUUAUGCCCUACCCAAAGCUUAUGCACAGUUGAUGUUGGAUGAUCAGUCUAAAAUAUUUGACUUGUUUCCUCAGCAAUUCGAAGUUGACAUAGAAGGGAAGCGCUUCAGAUGGAUGGGUGUAUGCAAACUUCCAUAUAUCGAUGAAAGAAGGCUUUUGGCUGAAACCAGAGAACUCGUAAAGGGACUAUCUGAAAAUGAAGCAAUGAGAAAUUCUGUUGAAGUUGAUAGGUUGUUUGUUAGUAGCACUACCAAGUUGGCAGAAAAAAUUCGCUCUCUAAGUUCAAACAAGUCAGAUACUAGCAUAAGUGAUGGCAUUGGAGGCAUCAUAAGUCUUUGUCACAUGCGUGUCGAGGACAGACAACAAGAAGAUUUUGUCUUCUGUGUCAAAUACGAGCUACCUGUGAAUGAUGCAAGUCAUUAUCAGCAUUUGCUAUUUGGUGUAAACCUUCCUGAGAGGACAGUAUUUGAAAAUGACAUAAAUGAAACAGUUCUGUGGCACGAACAUCAGCAAUAUCCUAAUCGUUUUGAAAGGCCGUGUUCUCAUAAUCAAGACAGUUGGAGAAGUUCCAACAGAGAGGCUAGUACUUCAAAAUUUCCACCUAAUAGAACUACUUUUGGUGGAAGAAGCUUUUCACAAAAUGCACCUCAUGAAUUCAUCCACAAAGGUGGAGGUGUUGGAUGGGGUUCAGGUAGAGGAAAACCAGAAAGAGUUAAUCAUGAAACUCUUAAUGAUCGAAUGUCAUCGUUUUCUCCUUUUCACAAACAACAAUCUAAUGAUCAUGGAGGAUCUUACUAUCGUCAUCAAUAUUUGAAUAAUGUGCCUUAUGGUUGGGGACGAGGUAGGACACAUCAGAACUCGAAUAAUGUGUACUCAUCGAUUGAAUCGAAGGAUAAUGUGCCUAUCGGUCGGGGACGAGGUAGGACGCAUCCGAACUCCAGUAACUCAUUGCGGCCUCAAUGGAGUGAAUCAAAUGAUAGAAGUCGUUGGUAG